GAGCCGCCUCCUUGCUUGGCGGCGGCGGCGACAGGCACACCGGUCGACGCGCCGACCAAGCUGUCUCCGCGCUCGUCCACGUCGGAUGGGUCUACGCGCUCGGGGUCGAGCCUUCGUGACAUCAUCGAGGCCGCGGCGGGGGGCCUCGUGGCGACGUCCGAGGCGCGGGUCCACAAAGACUACCUCCUGGAGCACGCUGUGACUGAGUACCCAGGGAUCAUCGACCGCCUUCGCAGGGACAAGCUGGCGCUGCUGCAGAGAACGCCGCCCAAGGGCAUCGUUAGUGGCAAAGGCGCCGCUCGCGAUGCCGCGCAGCCUCCAGCGCCGGUCGCGGCUGUGGCGCCUCCCGCGUGUGGGGCGGCCGUGGCCGAGGCUGGUGAGCCGCGAUGCGCGACUCUUACCAGCCUCGUGGCGACCGAGGUGACGCCGACGCAUGUGGACCCCCUGGCAGCUGAUGGGGUGGCAAAGCCAGAGUGGUCUCAGGCAUGCGGUUUGCCUGUAGGUCAAGCUCCGAACUCGAGCAGCCACCCCGCCGAGUGGGCUGCCUUCACCAGGGCGAUGACUGGUCGCAAAGCAUACCUGAAGGAUGUCCAGCCGUACCUCACGAAUGCGAAGAAUGACCUCUUCAGCGUGUGGCUGGCGAACAAUCGCGAUAUCUCCAAGUGUCUGCUGGUGAUGAAGCGUCGGCAGAUCCAGCGAACCACCACUCACAAGGGCUGGGCCUACAUGAAGAAGCGCGACAUCAAGGAUAAUAUCUACGGGGGCGAUGCGAAGAAAGCGCAGAAAGCGGUCGACAACGCCAAGCACCUGGGGCGGUUCAUUGUUGACGAGCUCUUCCCUGAUGACGAAGAAGAAACACGAUGGUGGGUCUUCAACUCCGCCGAGGUGAGCGUCGAUGACAUCCAGGAGAACGAGGACGGCGUCGAGGUGCAGGCGAGUAUCAGGCCCGAGGACGCCAUGGAGAUCGGCGGGUGCAAUGGGCUGUUUAGUCUUCCACCGGUCGGCGAGAUGAGCCAAGAAGCUGCGAAGGACUUCCACGCCCGCCUCCAGGGUUGGACCAAGGCGAAGCCGAAGACUACUCACAAAAAGGAGGAGUCAAGCAUCGUCGAGGUCAAGGCCGAUACGACGACGGAGCAGCUGCACGAGAUGAUCCAGACGGCCGACAAGCACGCAUCUUUCUUCUCGAAGGUGGUCCGCACCUGCAAGGCGGAUGGGGGCGCGGCUGAGACGGUGGCGAAGUGCAACGAGCAGUUGGAAGAUCUGGAGGAUCUUCUCCAGAAGAUGUGCAUGGCCGAGAGAGAGGCGGGUGGGCAGUCCCUGGAGAUCUCUCAGCCGUUCAUCGACUGGGCAAGGGACCAGCUCGCCCCGCACUCGAGCUGGGUGGAGAAGAACAAGAAAAUCUGCCAGUACAGGAUGAACGCUGUGGUUCCGGAGCAGGUCAAGAAGGCCAAGAAGGUGAAGUCGGCGAAG